ACCACGUGGCUACACAGGAGUGGAGGAGUGGGGUUUACCGUAAGCUUACAAGGAACGUAACACACCCAAUCAUGUUCUCCCUAACCUUUCUUCCCCAAACGGGUCGGUGAAGGAGGUGACCCCCUUCACAAGAAAAAAUCUCACAAAGAUCCCAAUUCCAUUACCAGAUAUAUAUAUAUAUAUACACGUAUAUAGAAUCAAAUUACAAAGAAAAUCAAAAAUGGAGAGUGAUGAAAAUGGUCUGAAACAACAAUUGGAGGAAUUACAAAGAGAUCUAUCAAAGAAGCAAAAAUUCGAGGAAGCAAUAUCAACCCUAAAAUCUCUUCUUCAUCAUCGUUACGCCUCUUCUUCUCCUUCUAUUCAAAAAUUGUUCUAUUCUGUUAUAUGCCGAGUUGCGACGGUGUUAAAGACGAGGUACACCUCGCCGGGGUUUUGGGCUGCCGGAAUGGAUUUGUUUGAACAAGCCCAAAGCUUGGUUUCAGAUUCUUCUCAGAAGACCCAUUUGGGGGCUUGUAUUUCUCAGGCUAAGGAGGUUUUGAAUCAGGAAGAUAAUCCUUCUCAUUCAUCCCAAUCAACCAGUUCACGAGGUUACUUGUUUGAGGGUCAUCUAACGGUUGAUAGAGAGCCUCCUCAGCCUCAAUGGCUUGUUCAAGCCAAUCUUCUGAAUGCUGCAGCUUCACUCUUGCCAGCUGAAUCUUCUUCUUCUUCCCAAUCAAUAGCAGCUGCACUUGAAGAUGAGAACCCUUCUGAUCCUGCAGCAGCUAGCUUAAUUCAAUCUCUUAUGGAAAAUUUAGAUGAUUUUCUACUACCGAUAAUGGAGGAUGAUAGAGCAGCCCCUAGAGUACCACCAGCUAGUAAAGAAGUAGUGGCUAAGCUUCCAAUAAUCAAUAUUACAAAAGAGGUAUUGGAGAAGCUUGAUAAAGAGGCUGAGUGUGCUAUUUGCAAAGAGAAUUUGGUUAUGAAUGAUAAGAUGCAAGAGUUGCCUUGCAAUCACACUUUCCACCCUCCUUGCCUAAAGCCCUGGCUGGAUGAGCACAAUUCAUGUCCGAUAUGUCGACACGAGUUGAGAACCGAUGAUCAUGCAUACGAGAGUUGGAAGGAGAGAGAAAAGGAGGCUGAAGAAGAGAGGAAAGGUGCUGCCAAUGCUCUUCAUGGGGGUGAAUACAUGUAUGUUUAGAGCAACAUUUGCUCAUCUGUGUUAAUCAUUAUUUGUUAUUACAAAUUAACAGUUGUGCAACUUUUUAAUCUUCUUAACUUUUCAUAUAAAAUAUAUAUUCUGAGCACAUAACAUAUUCUGGUUCUGAGUUCUAUUGAUAUUGCAAGAUGAGACCAUGAAUUUAAA